AAAUGAGAGUUUUACCAGUCUCCCCUAACCCUAGCCUUGAUCUUUAGAACCCACACAUGCUCAUGUUCUCCAUUCUCAUCCCAAUAUGCAUUGCUUGUGUAGAACCAUGUGUGCUUCUUCCAGACAGAUUCGUUUAUUUAUUUAUUAUCACUUCCAAGAGAGACCCAAAUGAGAAAGCAGGGAACUCUGAAUGCUUUCUCGUCUGCUUGUCUCUUUAGAUGCGGCAGAGGCAGUGUUGUGUUUCAUUCAGUGUAGCCGCAGACUGAUGGUCUUCCUGAGUCCAGAUUACGUGAAUGAAAAGAGCAUCAGCAUGCUGGAGUUCAGACUCGGGGUUCUCUGCCAAAACACAGGUGACCCCAAGAUCAUCGUCAUCAAUUACAAACCUGCUGGCUCACCCUGCACGGAGCUCCUGCAGCUCAAACAAACAGCUUUCAUCAAGUGGAAGGGGAAGAAACCCAAGAGCCCCCAGUCCAAAUUCUUGAGGACCUUGGCUGCAGGGGUCCACUUGAUAGACAGUUCCUCCUCCCAUUCGGACAUCAGCGUGGAUUGGCGUCUAGCGAGACAGGAGGGAGGCAAGAAAACGAGGCCGAGCGUCGCAUCGAAGCCUUCACAGAGCUCCAGCACGAAAUCCAGAAGAGGAGCCUCUCCUUGCAUGUCCUGCAGGGUUUGUGUGACCUACCGGGACAAUGAGAAAGUGGUGCAUUGCCUGAGCUGUGGAGCCUCACAGCCACCUCUCCACAACCAAGACUACGGCACUGAAAUCAGCUGGACUCACGUGAGACCUAAACUAGACCUCCAGCAACAUGGGGCCCCAGUUCACAGACAUACUCACCACUGCUCCCCUGUCUGCUUCAUCCAAUCAAAGAGGCAGCUGUGUUCUUUAGCAGGUAGACCGGAACAGCCUUUGUAAGGCGAAUCUGCAAUAUAUUCUUUUUUUAUUUAAAAUAUGACUAGAAAUUAGUAUGACUUUAGGAGGAAUGGGCACUUUCCCUUUUUGUUUUAAAGCAAUGCCUUUUGAUUUAGGUGCAUCCAGGGGUGUUUCACAAGGAGUAUGACUGACGUACAGUGCCAACCAUGGCUGCUAUUUGCAGCAGCUCUAGCUCAGCAUCUACCGGUACAGGGUACUAAUUGAUAAAAUAAAGGUUUAUCACUUAUUGAAAUGGAACACAAAGUGGGAUUCGUUGCAGAGCUGUUUGGUUGUAGGGAUCCUCAAAGUAAAACUACAGAACACUUGUCUGGUGUAAUUCAGGCUAUUUCAGUGUAGAACAAAGGUAAAUGUGCUGGUUCAUUGUACUGUACUUGUCAUGGUGUUAUUGGAGCUUUUAUUAAGGCUAUCACAGCACCACCUGCUGGAGAUUUAACACAUUACAACAGACGGCACAGAACCUCAUCCAAACCCUGUUCAGGUAAUCAGACUGAACUGCGUUAAUAGAGCGUGGACUGGCUGCAGAAGAGGACACUUGCACCUGUGCUUUGAGUGUCAGGAAUGCAGGAACACACCCAGCUGCUUGUAUAAGUGAAUAUAUAAAUACAAUGAGAACGCUAUGCAUCCAGCAUUAAUACAAACAUGAUCAGUUA